AUGGCAACCCAAGAGCGGGAAAAUGAUUCUCUCCGUCCGCGGCUUCUGCGAAGCACAUCCAAGGCCGCCGACGGACGCAACGCCCUUCUCUCGUUUGGCGAGCUGCCAGAAUGGCAUCAAGAUAACCAAUACAUUCUUCGUGGCUAUCGCCCGAUAUCAGGAUCGGCUCGGGCUUCAUUUCGCAGCUGGUCAUACAUUCACAAUGAGUCAGUAAAUAUAUACUCUCAUUUGAUACCAGCAGUGGCCUUUCUGCUCGCCGUGUGGUAUAUAAAAGAGUAUCUUACAAGCAGAUAUUCGAAUAUCACUGGCCCUGACUUUUUUAUUUUUACCUUCUUUCUCCUAACUGCCGUUAUCUGCCUGGGUCUCUCAGCGACAUACCAUACCUUAAUGAACCAUUCCCACAAAGUUGAACAAUUAUGGCUGCGACUUGACCUGAUAGGCAUAGUAGCCUUGACAUUAGGCGACUUUGUAUCGGGAAUAUACAUGGUCUUCUGGUGUGAGCCUUUGCAUCGCAAGAUUUACUGGUCUAUGAUUGGAAUUCUGGGGUCGCUUACCAUCUUUAUAAUGGUAACCCCUAAAUUCCAGGGCCAGAACUUUCGCAUCUUACGGGCGCUUACGUUCGUCUUCACUGGCCUGUCUGGCUUUGCUCCAUUAAUACAUGGAGUCAAGAUAUUUGGCAUCUCGCAAAUGAUGAAACAAUCCGGAAUGCCCUACUAUCUGGUCGAAGGAGGCUUUCUCCUACUUGGGGCUUUGAUUUAUGCAACCAGGUUUCCUGAGAGUCGAUAUCCUGGUAAAUUCGACAUAUAUGGCUCCUCCCAUCAGCUCUUUCACAUCCUGGUCGUCUUUGCUGCUGUGACUCAAUUAAUUGGAAUAUUGGAUGCCUUCGGCUAUAAUCACGCGAAUCGGACAUGCGUAUAG